AUCUAUGCAAAAUUAUUUAUGUGUUCGUUGAUAUGACGCGAAAGACCUCUGACGGGAUUUACGUGAAACGUCGAAUUUAAAUGUUUCAACGGUUAGCACCGCGAAGCACGUUCGUAUACAAUAUGAAAGUCUGCCAAUUAUUUUAUGAGAAAGGAAACAAACGCUGGUGUGCAAGGAAUUAAAAGUGAUCGAACCGUAAAGUAUAUUUAUUUGUGAAAAAUGAACGAAACGUGUAACGAAAGUAAAAAAGAUAAAAAGCAGCAUAUACAAGUUUUCGUUCGUGUCAGACCAAUAAAUAAUGCUGAAAAAGGUGGGAAGGCAAUGACAGUUGUGGAUACACCAUGUAACAGAGAAGUAAUUAUUCGUGAAAGAUCACACGAUAAGUUUACGAAAAAAUUCGUCUUUGACAGAGUAUUUGGACCUUCUUCGAGACAGAUAGAUGUAUACAAUGCAGUUGUUCAUCCGUUGGUGGAAGAAGUUUUGGCUGGAUAUAACUGUACAGUAUUUGCUUAUGGUCAAACUGGUACUGGAAAAACAUUUACGAUGGAAGGUGUUGAUAUCGAACCAUCGUUUCACUGGCAAACAGAUACCAGAGCUGGAAUUAUACCUCGUGCUUUGAGCCACUUGUUCGACCAGCUACGAUUACUAGGUGAUCAAGAAUAUUCAGUAAGGGUUACUUUUUUGGAAUUAUACAAUGAAGAAGUAUAUGAUUUAUUAUCUCCUAACACCGAUGCUGCAAAGAUAAGGAUAUACGAGGAUUCUACUAAAAAGGGAGCAGUAAUAGUACACGGCUUACAGGAAGUGGCUAUUCAUAAUAAACUUGAUGUAUUUCAAAUCCUUCAGAAGGGAUCUGAAAAACGUCAGACAGCAGCCACAUUAUUAAAUGCUAACUCCAGUCGAUCUCAUACAAUAUUUUCAAUUACUAUUCACAUAAAGGAGAACACUAUCGACGGUGAUGAACUCUUAAAGACAGGGAAAUUAAAUCUCGUUGAUUUAGCCGGUAGCGAAAAUGUUGGAAGAUCCGGAGCUAUCGAUCGAAGAGCUAGGGAAGCAGGCAGUAUUAAUCAAUCUCUAUUAACUCUAGGACGAGUAAUAACGGCGCUUGUAGAAAAGACUCCGCAUGUACCCUAUCGAGAAUCAAAAUUAACACGAUUACUGCAAGAAUCAUUGGGCGGACGUACAAGAACUUCAAUAAUUGCCACAGUGUCUCCUGCUAGCAUUAAUCUCGAAGAAACAUUGUCAACUUUGGAUUAUGCUCAUCGUGCAAAAAAUGUUAUGAAUCGGCCGGAAGUUAACCAGAAAUUUUCUAAAAAAGCAUUGCUUCAGGAAUAUACAGAAGAAAUCGAAAAAUUGAAGAAAGAUUUAUCGGACUGUCGCGAACGAAAUGGUGUUUAUUUAGCCCCAGACAAUUAUAAUCAAAUGCAGUUGUUAAAAAACUUUCAAGAUAAAGAAAUAGAGCACAAGUUACAUCACAUUAAAGCGGUUCAAGAUACUUUAAACUAUAAACAGAAAUUAUUUGAUGAUCUACAAUUAAAAAAUUCUGAACAAGCAAAUCAACUAUCAAGUAUGAAAAAUCAAUUGGAAACUACAAAGUAUGCUUUGAUCACGGCCACGUCGCAUUUAACAGAAUCAGAACAAGAAAAAACAGAAAUAAAGCACCUUGUUGAAAAACAUGCGUCGACUGAAAGUGUUCUUUUGUCGCAAGUGGAAACAGUUUUAAAUGUUGUCGAUACAGCCACUGCCGAUGUACAGAAACUUCACGACAAAGUUUAUCGCAAAAUGGAAAUAGCACAACGAAACAGUUCGUAUGGACAACAAACUAAUAACAAUGUCAAAGAAAGAUGCAGAAAAAUUGAAGCUGACAUAGGGACAAAGUCUGCAAACAUGAUACAAUUUUACAUGUCUCUGAAAGAGCUCAUUAAUGCACAAACUCAGUCUCUCAUUGACCAUGUUCACAAAUCGGAUCAACAUAUUUCUAAGGAUCUUCUUAAUCCUACAAAAGAUGUAACUGAUAAAUUGACAAGUCACACAAUCAAUUCUCAUUUAAGGUAUCAAGAAUGGUGUAAAAAAGAAAUCGAGAGUAUUACAGCCACGACCGAACAAGAAUGUAACGUAUUACGUAAUAGUUGUAAUACUGCACAGAAAAUUCAACAAUUAAUGGAUAAUAAAUUACCAGAAAAUUUGCGAGAUAUAAGUAACGAUGUCUCUCAAAAAAUGGACAGUUUAGUCGUAUUUACAAACGACGCUAUAACGUCAAUAUCGAAACAUUCGACCAUGGAGUACGAUCGUAUAAAUAAUAAUCUUACGGAUAUUAGGAGAACUGUUGACAACAUUCGACAAAAUUUAAAGAGCAUUACGGAAAAAGAAAACAAUUUUGCGAAGAUGAUGAAUGACUUACAACACUGUUUUAAUAAAUUGCGAGAUGAAGACAAAGAAAAGCAUUCUUCGAUACACGUAACAUUGCAGAAUAUCGAUGAAGUGUCUAAUCUUUUAAGUAACGAAGUUUCCGAUAUUGAUAGAAUACAGAGAGAAAAAGAAAACAGCAUACAAGAGAAACUUCAGGAUGACUCACAAGAAGUAAAACAAAUGGUCAAAGAAGAAACAGAAAAGUUGAGGACACUGUCAGAAAAUGCUAUUGCACAAAGUAAACGGUUAGUCAAUGAAUUCCAAACGAAUUUAUAUAAUGCUUGCGACACACUAAUAAAUUACAAAAGUUGUAUAGAAUGUAAUAUGAGAAAAAUACAGGAAAAAAUGAAAACAGAUGAAACCCACAUUUUAUCAUCAAUUAACGAUAUAUACACGACAGUAUACGAAGCAGGCAACGAACGUACAAGAUCCUUAAGCACUUGGAAAUCAGCGUUCAUCAAUGCUUCUACCGAAAUUAUGGAAAAACUUGAUAAUGAAAAUACGAAUGCCGCAUACACGAAUAGCAGAAUUAUUUCAGAAAUGCAAGUAAUACGUGAUCGAGUUGAGAAAUUCUUUACGGACGAUUUAUAUCGAGAUGUUCCGACGGGUUCAACACCAUCGAGGAAAACCUUUCAGUACUCUAAAAAACUGCCUAGAACGUCGCCACCUGAUCGAAUUCUCAAACGGUAUAGAGAAUCACUCAAUAAAUUGAAUAAUAUAGAAGAUGAAUAUAUCCCAGAAGCGAAUCACGAGAAGCCAAUUACAGAAAUUUUGGAGGAAGGCUUGAAUAUAAGUUAACAAACUGGUCUAGUUAAAAUCAUUGUAAUUAAUCCAGAAUAAAGCAGCCUUUCUCUAUAUACAAA